GGAGAUGUUAAUCCACGCUCUGGGUGGGCCGCAAUGCAGCGAUAGCUCUGACCCACACUCGGGCGUGGAAACCUUCCUGCUACCGGGGGGUCUGAAAUCUGGACGCGGCGCUUAGCUGUGCGGAACACAGAGCCUUGUGCCUGCGGCGCCGAUACCCCGCUUCGGGGCCUCGCGCUUUGGGGACCCUUCGGGCCCCUGGGCUGGACACCGGCCGCGAUCGUGGGACCUUCCCGCCCGCCCUGGGGGGCGCCUGGGCCGCAGCAGGCGGGGAUUGAACUGCCCCCGGCACACGGAGGCAGAGGAGCCGCAGAAGAGGCCGCUAGUGCAGGGAGCGUCUCCCCGCCCCCGCCCGGCCUUGUCCCUGCUCCUGGAGCCCCGGAACCCGUGUGCCGGGCCGUGCUCGCCGGCCGGAGCGCGCUGGCUGAGCCACCCUGACGGGAAGCGGGUCAGCUGAGCGCGGGGAGGCGCCCGGCCUAGGAGCGGAGCAGGCGAGCGGCCGCCGGGAAGAUGCUGCUGGUGCUGUCGGAGGAGCACAAGGAGCACCUGGGCUUCCUGACCCAGUUGUUGGUGAAUUUGGCCGUAUCGCCGUGGAGUUCUUAAGAAAAGGCACCAACUCGAAAAUCUAUGAAGGAGCCGCAAGUAAGAGCGAGAGAAGCGGGGCAGAAGGGAAAACUUAAUGUUAGUAGUGACGUUAUUCAGCAUGGAGUUGAGGGAUUAACAUAUCUUCUCACUGAGGGCUCCAAGCUCAUGAUUUCUGAGAUAGACUUCCAAGACUCUGUACUUGUUCUGGGAUUCUCAGAAGAAUUGAACAAAUUAUUGCUCCAGCUUUACCUUGACAACAGAAAGGAGAUCAGAAGCAUUCUUGGUGAACUGGCACCAAAGCUUCCCAGUUACCACAGCCUUGAAUGGAGACUAGAUGUGCAGCUUGCCAGCAGAAGUCUGAGACAACAGAUUAAACCAGCUGUCACUAUAAAGCUACACCUUGAUCAAAAUGGAGAUCAGACAACCAAAAUAUUACAAACUGACCCUGCUACUCUGCUCCACCUAAUUCAGCAAUUGGAACAAGCCUUGGGGGAAAUGAAAACAAAUCAUUGUAGGCGAAUAGUCCGCAACAUCAAAUAACAUUAAUUUGUGACUUAUCUCAUUAAGUAAUUUGUUUUCUACUACUGUUUCACAAUGUUCACAAGUAUACAUUUUGAGGAAAAUAAACAUCUGGAUCAGAUUAAAUGCUUUCCUGUGCUAGGAUCUGCAGCCAGUGGUUACAGGCCGAACUUCCUUUGUUGCUAACUUUAUACAGAUGCCUGAUGUGAGUUAGGAUAAUUGUCUUGUGCUUUAACUCAAUAUAGAAAUUAGUCUGGUCAGCUCUACAUUAGUUCUCUCUCCUUGGUGAGCAUCCCUAAUAUUAUAUAGGGCUGUCUCAAUGUAAUACAAAGUUGUGUAUUCAUUGCUAUAUUUUUCAAGCAACAUUUUUCUCUUGUGUUCUUUCUUAAAAUAAAAAAAUACUUAUA